CCUUUGCCAGAAGAAUCCAUCACGGAGCUAGAAUUUGUCGAUGCAACUGUGGGGAUGAACAUUCCCAAGAAUUUUGUUCCUUCUAUAGAAAAGGGUUUCCUCGAGAUUUGUGAACGCGGCCUUCUUACUGGACACAAGUUAGCUGGAGUUCGUUUUGUCCUCGAAGACGGUGCUGCUCAUGGGGUGGACUCCAGCGACCUCGCUUUCAGACUUGCAGCCGCAGGAGCCGUGAGAGAAGCAUUUCCAAAGGCUGCUCCUCUGAUUCUGGAGCCAAUUAUGUCAGUGGAGGUGAAUAUUCCUCAGGAAUUCCAAGGAGUGGUAAUUUCAGGCCUUAAUCGUCGACAUGGUGCAAUCACUGGCACAGACGCGGCGGAAGGUUAUGUUACAAUUUAUGCCGAGGUUCCGCUAAACGACAUGUUUGGUUAUUCCACCGAGUUACGGUCGCAAACACAGGGGAAAGGCGACUUCACUAUGGAAUACUCUAAAUACUUGCCUGCCUCACAACAAGUACAAGCGGGACUGGUUGAAAAAUUUGACUUAGAGAGGAUCAAGAAAGCUAAAAGAUAGCGUAUGUUUACGCUGUCAUCCUUCCCCUUCCUCGAUUAUAUUUUCGUCAUUACUGCCAUCGGCACUUGCUUCCCUGGUUGCGCAGUCCUGGGACUUAUGCAAGUGGCCACAGAUCGUUAAUGGAAAAGACGAAAGAGUUGUAUGAAUAGUGGAGUCUAACAAUAAGGAACAUUUUGAAGAUUAAUUCGAUAUCUAGAAAGAUGUAUUUAUUGACGCGUUCUCUACUGGGCAGAACUAGAUUUCACUUUAAAGAAAAGCGGGGUUUCUAUUUCCCCGGCCCCAGCCUUUUUAUUUAUUAUUAUCUUUUUUUCUCUGCCAUUUGAAUUUGUCCUCUCUCGUCGAAUAACUUUUGUAACAUGAACUUUUAGUCAGAGUGCCAAGCGGGCGUGGUAUUUCUGUUAUGGGUAGAUGAUGGAGAUUUAGAUUGUGAUUAAAAUUAGUAUGAUCACACGG